GUUUCUGGUUGGCCUAUACCCCCGAGAUACUCCCGGCGUUGUCCGUUCACAUGCCGCACCAGCCCGUGAGGCUAGCUAUGCACCCACACCUCGGCCGUGUUACACACUGCCAUGGCGAGCCAGCUACAGUACCGCAAGACAGAUAGACAGUCGUCACUGCACGCCAGACCCGGUGCAAUGCAUGCCGCCGAUAUGGUGCAUUUGCGCCAUUUGAACCGCAGCAUACCGUUCUACAUGCUCUUGAGUGACACACCAAGUCGGCGCGACGAGGAUGACGGCGAUGCUGCGAGCGGAAUAGAUCUUAAGUGUGCUGCACAGGCGGAGGUGAUGGAGUUAGGGAUUCUUCAAGCGGCGUGGGAGCGUGAGGAGCUGCUGCACGUGCGUCCUGUGGACCGUGCUUGUAGGGGGCUUUCCUGGACACCAGCCUGGUAA